GUAAAAUUGCUCCACAGAUUGUGAGGUUAUGUCUUAUGUAGUACAUUUCUGGUUCACUUUGAAGUUAUUUUGUUGACGAGUUACGUUUGUAUUCUUAUUUCUUAGACGAUUUUCGUGUCUUGCAAGCAUUCGGAAUCAACAUGACUCGUAAACGCCGUAAUGGAGGAAGAUCGAAGCACGGACGUGGCCACGUAAAACCGGUGCGUUGUACAAACUGCGCCCGUUGUGUACCCAAAGAUAAGGCUAUUAAGAAAUUUGUCAUUCGUAACAUUGUCGAGGCUGCCGCCGUUCGUGAUAUAACUGAUGCUAGUGUAUAUACAUCUUACCAAUUGCCAAAAUUGUAUGCUAAACUGCACUACUGCGUUUCUUGCGCUAUCCAUUCUAAAGUAGUGAGGAACAGGUCCAAGGCUGAUCGCCGUAUCCGGACGCCACCAAGUCGCAAUUUCCCCCGUGGUGAUAACAAUCGCCAAGGAGGUCAACCACAAAGGAAACCAUGAUUCCCGUGUUUCAACAAGGAAUACAAUAUUAUAUAAUGCUUCUUUUAUAUAAGAUUUAAGAAUAUAUAUGAAUUCUGACAAAAA